GUGUUUGAUUGACCAUACUAAGAGAAAUUUUAUUUAGUAUAUAAUUGCAAUAUUUGAGUUAACUUUUACUUAGCCGAUGUUGUAAAUAUUGAAUUUUCAUAAGGUCAUAAACCGGGACAACUUAAAUCCACAACAAUUUUCUCUUAUUUAGAUCUCUAUUUAUGAACAGGUAAAGAAUUUGAAGAAACACCAUGUCAUUAUCAAGACCGAAAAUUCAACUUUUAAAUAACAUUCGUAAAAGUAAGUUUAAAAUUUUAUAUAUUAACAUUCCAAAAAUUUUUUUAAUUGUAUGUGUAUUGUUAUUGUGGGAACUUUUUCACAUAAAUAGACAUUAUGACAGUAAACAACCCAUUCAGAUGUUAAAUCUAAUUUUUAUUAAGUCAUUUUUAAUCUAAAAUACUGAAGUAAAAAAUAUUUCAUCAAUUAUUUUUAUAAAAUGAUGGAAAAAGUAUUUAAUUAACGAAUUAUUAUGUUAAAUGUUAGUUUUCUUUGAAAAAACUCGUUUUUUUUAAAUAUUAUAAAGGAUAUAAAAGAUUUCUCUUCAUUUUCAUUAUUAAGUAGUAGUCGUAAGUUAUAUAGUGAAAUUCCAAUUAUCUUCAUUCUUAACUAUUAAGGUUAUAAACUAGAUCCUAUAUUAUCUGAAGGUUAUCUACUGUUAUCAUUCCCUCAAAAAUGUAAGAAUACAGAGAUUAAGUGCCGUUAACUUCUUCUUUUUAACUUUUCAAUAGAUAUUAUCAGAACUGCAGCAACUGCAUCUGCAACGAAAGCAUCAGCAUCUAAGCCUAAAUCGCUUGAGAGAUCCGGUAUACCGAAUAUUGUCUUAAUCGACGGUGUUCGAACUCCAUUUCUUCAAGCAUGGACCGAUUACAAAAAUAUGAUGGCCCACGAUUUACAGAGAUUAGCUCUUCAAGGAUUAGCCAAAAAGACAGGAAUUUCUAAAGAUAUCGUAGACUACAUCGUUUGCGGAACAGUAAUUCAAGAAGUUAAGACUAGUAACAUAGCAAGAGAGGCUGCUUUGGGAGCUGGAUUUUCGGAAUUUACCCCAUCACACACUGUAACUCAAGCUUGUAUCUCGUCUAAUCAGGCUAUUUCUACCUGUAUUGGACUUUUGGCUUCUGGUCAAGCUAGUAUUACAAUUGCUGGUGGAGUUGAAUUUAUGUCUGAUGUUCCAAUUCGUCAUAGUCGCUAUAUGAGAUCAUUGAUGUUUGAUUUGAACCGUAAGAAAUCUACAGGCGAUAAAUUAGGCAUCGCAAUGAAGAUGCUUUCUGGUAAAGCUCUUACACCUGAGCUACCGGCUGUUGCCGAAUUCUCCACAAAUGAGGUUAUGGGUCACUCCGCUGACAGAUUAUGCGCAGCUUUCGGCGUCACCCGUAAAGAACAAGAUGAGUUUGCUCUUCGUUCCCAUACUCUCGCAAGAAAAGCCAUCGAUAAUGGCUAUUUGACUGAUGUUCUUUCUUUUAAAAUACCCGGUAAAGAAAAAGUGAUCAAAGAAGACAAUGGAGUUAGACCAAGCUCUAUGGAACAAAUGGCAAAAUUAAAACCGGCUUUUAUCAAACCACAUGGAACAAUUACAGCAGCUAAUUCAUCUUUCUUGACGGACGGCGCUUCAGCUUGUCUUAUAAUGACGGAAGCUAAGGCUAAAGAAUUGGGAUUGAAACCUAAAGCUUACUUGAGAGACUUCCUUUAUGUGUCUCAGGAUCCUAAGGAUCAAUUGCUUCUUUCACCAGCAUAUGCAACUCCUCGCUUGUUGGAAAAGGUUGGACUUAACUUGGGAGAUAUUGAUGUUUUCGAAUAUCACGAAGCUUUUGCGGGUCAAAUCUUAUCUAACUUAAAGGCUCUAGAUAGUGAUCAUUUCGCCAAGAAGUACAUGAAGAGAAGCGCAAAACCAGGAGCACCACCUUUGGAAAAAUUCAAUUUGUGGGGUGGUUCCCUUUCCCUAGGCCAUCCCUUCGGAGCGACAGGUGUUCGUCUGGCGACGACAGCUGCUAAUCGUUUAAUCAAGGAAGAUGGAAAAUUCGCUUUGAUUGCUGCCUGUGCAGCUGGAGGUCAAGGACACGCAAUGCUUGUCGAGCGAUAUCCAUAA